AGCUUGACAACAAAGCGACUGUUUGCUGCACUCAACGGACACUCAGCGUCCAAUUGUACAAAUGUCAACAUGGCUUCGAAGACAGACCAACUUCUUAUCGUUGUGUCCAUCCUCGAAGGUCGCCAUUUCCCGAAGAGUGCCCGUCUCAGUCUGGUGGUCCAGGCGAGCUUCGAUGGCGAGCAGCUGGCCACAGACCCGGUAGAGCACCGAGACCAGCCGUACUUCAGCACCGAGCUGGCCUGGGAGCUGGACCGCAGGACGCUGCACCAACACAGACUGCAGAGAACUCCCAUCAAGCUUCAGUGUUUUGCUGUCGACUCUGUGAGUAAAAAGAGAGAGAGCGUCGGCUACAUCGUCCUGGACCUCCGAUCUGUACAAGACGUCAAACAGGAGCCUCGCUGGUAUCCGCUGCUGAGCAGUAAAUACACCAAACAGAAACCAGCCCUCCUCCUCAGCAUGGCGCUGGAAAACGACACCAAGCCCUCCGAGCCCUCUCCUGAUAGGUUCAAAGCCAAGAAGGCCCCGCCCCGACAAGGUUCUCCUGCAGUAAGUGACCUGCUGCCAGACAAGCUGGAGGCCUCACUGAUCCCAGAUCAGGGUUACCAUCAAGUCGGACCUGCCGAUCACUGCUCUGACAUGUUCAUCCUCUCCGUCACUGUGGCUUUUGCUACCAAACUAGAACAGUUGAUCCCCAGCACUAUGAAACUGUCAGCGGAGGGGUCAGGGUUCUUCUUCUACUACUCUUUACUGGGGAACGACAUCACCAGCGAGCCUUUCCACAACCUGCUGAGCCCCGACUUCGAGCCGGAGCGCGCCUCUGUUCGCAUCCGCAGCAGCAAACAGAUCCUGCAGACCUUCCUGUCUCAGCAACCUAGUUUACAGGUCCACCUGUGCUGUGGGAAUCACUCUCUGGGCAGUACAGACGUCUCUCUCUCAGCCCUGGCUGCUGUCUCUGUGGAUCUGGAGAACAAGGCAGCGACGGUGGAGGGAGCAUUUAUACUCAAACCUCCUAAACGCACCAAACAGGCGCUGCCGGCUCUGCCCGCCGACCUGCAGCCAACUGUGGGGGUGGCUGUUACCCUGAGGAGGGAGGAGGUCGCACCACAGUCUUUAGGGAAGAAAGAAGGAGGUGGAGCUCAGUCACACUCCAACCCUCCUCCCUCUGUUCCUCCUGCUGUACAGAGACCUCAAAGCUCCUCUCCGGUCCGAAAACCUCCCGACUUUUCCCCCCCUGGUCCUCCUCUCCCCCCUCUGUCCUCUCAUACAGAGAGUGAAGCAGAGAGUCUGCUGGAGGAGCUUCAACGUGGUCAAGAGCAGGCAGGACUGCUGGCAGCUGCAGAUUUGGAGUUUCCUGUGCUGCAGCAGAGUCAGACUGAAGCUACAGCAGAAGGUGGAGCAUCAUCCGUUAGCGUCUCUGCUCCCAAAGUGUCCAUCCCCUCCUCCGCCCAUCACUACUGCUUCUCUCUGGACCUCCGCAGCCUGGGAAACCUCAGCCUGACACACCCCAUCGCUGCGACGCUCAGGUAUUCGUAUCCGUUCUUCGGCAGUGCAGCUCCCAUCAUGACCAACCCUCCUGUGGAGCUGCAGAGGAACAUGGAGGCGUCGCUGCCUCAGUCCUACUGCGCCUUCGACUUUGCCACUCUGCCCCAACAACUGCAAGACACCUUCCUCCAAGUUCCUCUGGUUGUGGAGGUUUGGCACAGAGACUCCACCAGCAGAGACCAGCUGAUAGGACGAGCCUCCGUCCAGCUGUCUCACCUGCUGAGCUCCGAGAGGAGCAGAGUCCUGGCAUCAACCGGAGAGCAGAGCUGGAGACAAACUCACCAAGACCGCAUCCCUGUGCUCAAUACACACCGUCCCAGUGGGAAGGUGGCAGAGUUGAGCUAUGUGGCAACACUGGAGGACCUGGGGUUGGUCAAAGCCAGAGAAGUCAUCGUGUCUGACUCUUCACAGAACGAAGCUGCAGUCCCCACACAGCCGUCCUCCCACCCUGCUGCUCCCAGCCUGAGCGUCGCCCCGCUGGGCCCCACAGCUCCGACGGCCCCCAGAGACACCCAGGAGUACCGCACGGCCCUAGAGCUGGAGCUGUGGAAAGAGGAGCAGGAGGAUCUGUUCGAUGAUCAGUUGAGGAAGAAAGAGCUGAGCCACAUGCAGGCUCUGGCAGAGGAGUGGAGGAAGAGAGACCGAGAGAGAGAAGCUCUGGUCAAGAAGAAGGAGGUGGAGUAUAGUCUGUUGGAGGAGCAGCUUCAGAAGACUCUAUCUGAUCUGGAGAAAAGAGAGAAACAGCUGCUUGAAUCGGAGCUGGAGACUCAGAGGCUGCAGAGGGAGCUGCGAGCUGAACACGAUCUGACCCAGAGGGAGCUGCAGGAGAGCAGCAGGAGGCUGCAGCAGGACUGUGACCACCGGGUGGCGAUGGAGAGAGACAAAGUCCGACUGAUGGAGGAGGAGAGAGCCCGGCUGCUGCAGCAGAUUGCAGACGGUGAGUUUCGGUACAAACAGCUGGAGAAAGAGUUCCAGCUCUACAGAGAACAACAGAACAUCAGACCAGAGUUCAGACUGCAGUCAGAGGUCAACCUACUGACUCUAGAGAAGGUGGAGCUGGAGAGGAAGCUGGAGUCCACCACCAAGUCCAAGCUGCACUACAAGCAGCAGUGGGGGCGCGCCUUAAAAGAGCUGGCCAGAUUCAAACAGCGGGAGCAGGAAAACGCCAUGACUCGUCUGAAGAAGCAGCAGGCGGAGCUCGAGGCCAUGAGGCUGCGUUACCUGGCAACGGAGCAGAAGGAGGCGGUCCACCAGGACAGAAAGGAGCUGGACGACAUCAGGAACGAGCUCAACAGAUUAAAGCAGCAGGAGGACCGGUUGGGCCCCGCCUCGUCCCCGUCUGGCCCCGCCCCCACUCAGAGUGUCAAUGAGAGCGCUGACGAACAUCUGAGCCGCCUGUUGGAGGAGAGAGACACUCUGCUGAGGACCGGCGUCUACACGCACGAAGACCGAAUCAUCGCCGAGCUCAACAGACAGAUACAGGACGCCAUGAGGGACAGAGGAAAUCUCUGACGUCCAAUCAAGAGACAGGGUCGCAUCUGAGACUGCAGGUCAACCAUCCACUCUGCUGCAUUCACACAAACACGCCUGAGGUUUACUGUGUGUUAACGUGUUACUUUAACCAGACAAUGUAAACGUUGCCUUGAAUCCGAAGUACAAUACUUAAAUAACUUCACACAUUCAUGUACGAGUGUGAAUGAGUCUGAGUGUAAAUGAGUGUUUGUAAUCAUUCCUUUAAGUCCAUCUGAGAGUCGGAAUGAUUACAGCAACAAAAUAUCAGUGUAAUUAUGAGUAUGCAAGGUAUUGUAUUAAGAUGGACUUGAAAAAAAAGUGAACCUGUCCUUUAAAGGAUCAUUCCACUAGUUUUUCAUGUCUAAAGCUUUAAGACUACAAUUUUUUUCCAACAAUAAUUGAUAAAUAAUUUAAUAAUAAUAAAUAAUUUCCUAAUCUAGCCUUUUAGAUAAUCUGCUUUCUUCAUGCAGAAAAGUUUCAGUUUCUUGUGAGCUUGAUGCAUUCAAGGACAAUCAGACGUCUGAGAACCUGCAUGAACCUUUUCACAAUGUUCACUGGAGCUGAAAGGAUUAGUCCAUUUAUUUGUUAAUUGUCAAUUAUUUAUUAACAAUUUUGACAUCAUCUUGUGCUUGGAAACAAUUGUGAUUGACACUUUAGAAACUUAACGACUGAGAAAUCCGAAAAUAAUUGGCAAAUGAAUCGACAUUUCCCAAACAAAUCUAAACACUGACUGUGCUGAAUUAUCUCUUAAGAUAAUUCAGAACUGAAGAUAAAAUGAACUGAAGGAAAUUAAAAGCUAAAUACUGAUUUCUGAAUUAGUUCAAUAUUUUCAUGAUAAGUAGUUAAUGGACUAAAACAUGAAAAACCAGCGGUCUGUUCUUUUGAAUGUUUGAGCAUCAGAAGGUUCAAAUCUGAAGCAUUAUUGAACCUGAAAUAUGUGUGUUAAGUUAUUAGAGAAUGAUGAGUUUCGCUGUUUGUUCUGAUGAGGUUUUUAUGUGACAGCAGGUGGCGCUGCAGCCUCAGAAACUACCACUCCUCUGACCUGCAGCUGCUGUGAAACAUUUAUUUAUUUUUUUAUCAUCAGAACAGAAAUGACUGACUUCUGUGUUUGUCUGCAAUAAAUUAUUUUGGGAUAAAAUCUGCUGUGUAAAUGUGUGUUUUUGUUAUUUUCCAAUAAAGAUUUUUAAUAUAAUUCUGUUUUAUUAAAGAGCAGAGAGCCACUGGAGAGAUGUUUGGACUGUUUAACAAAUAAAGAUCAUUAUGAAUUCUUUUCUAA